UGUGGGUAGUUUUCUAGUUCAGGGUGAAUAGCCAGGCGAUGUAAGAUGGCGGUGAAUAGUAGGUCUAAGAAUUUACAAGCAAUGAACAUUACGUCGCUAUUUAGUCGAAUACACGGAGCAUUUUCUGAAGCCAUGGCCCCUCCCAAAUUUGUGAUUGACCGAAGGACUAUAGAGAAGACGUGGAAGCUUAUGGACAAAGUGGUGAAACUGUGCCAGCACUCGCGAAUGAACCUAAAAAAUAGCCCGCCGUUCAUUUUGGACAUCCUGCCGGAUACGUACCAACAUCUGCGGGUAAUCUACAGCAAGCACGAAGACAAAAUGCACUUGCUAAAUGACAACGAGUACUUUCGUGUGUUCAUCGAGAACCUCAACAGAAAGUGCAAACAGGCUAUCAAGCUUUUCAAGGAGGGGAAAGAGAAGAUGUUUGACGAGACGUCGCACUUUCGGAGGAACCUCACCAAACUGAGCCUAGUGUUUAGCCACAUGCUGUCCGAACUGAAAGCCAUUUACCCCAACGGCGUCUUUUGUGGCGACACUUUUCGGAUAACCAAAAGUGACGCGUCUGAGUUCUGGAAAAACGCGUUUGGGGACCGGACUGUCGUAGCGUGGCGGGUUUUUCGACAAACGCUUCACGAAGUCCAUCCCAUCAGUUCAGGGCUUGAAGCAAUGGCACUCAAGUCCACCAUCGACCUCACAUGCAAUGACUAUAUUUCAAAUUUCGAGUUUGAUGUGUUCACAAGGUUAUUUCAGCCCUGGUCAACACUUCUUAGAAAUUGGCAAAUCCUCGCAGUUACCCACCCUGGCUAUGUUGCCUUCCUUACAUAUGAUGAGGUCAAGGCACGUCUGUACAAAUACAUUAACAAGCCAGGAAGCUAUGUCUUCCGGCUAAGCUGCACAAGGCUGGGCCAGUGGGCCAUUGGCUACGUGACAGCUGAGGGAAACAUCUUGCAGACCAUUCCACAAAACAAGUCCCUAUGCCAAGCACUUCUUGAUGGCUAUCGGGAAGGAUUCUACCUCUACCCAGACGGGCGCAACGUCAACCCCGACCUGAGUUGGGCUGUCCAGGCGACACCCGAAGACCACAUCAAGGUGACGCAGGAACAAUAUGAGCUUUACUGUGAGAUGGGCUCCACCUUCCAGCUGUGCAAGAUCUGUGCUGAGAACGACAAGGACAUUCGCAUAGAGCCCUGUGGGCAUUUGCUCUGCACACCAUGCCUAACCUCGUGGCAGGAUUCAGAAGGCCAAGGCUGCCCCUUCUGCCGAGCUGAGAUCAAGGGAACCGAGCAGGUAGUGGUGGACCCCUUUGACCCGACAGGCCGGACAGUACGCAAGACUGACCUUCAGAACUACAACCACCCCAACAGCCUGGUUGACCUCGACGACGACGAGCCGUUCGAGGAUCCAAACACGUGGACAUCGUCAUUACAAGCCCUGGCCCUUUCACCAAGAAGUGAAACAGCGGAUGGGAGCAGGUCAUGUAGCCGUUCUCCUCUGGUGUCACCACAUUCAUCCCCUAUGGUGGCCCGUCGCAUUGCGACUACUGCGCCACCUCCUGUGCCACCACGUAGAGCAUCACCCACCAACACUCCUGGGCAGUCACCCGGCACUUCACCAAGGCACCAAACCCUGUUUAGGCCCGGGACAGAUGAGUUUGUCAAUGGGGGAGCACCUUCUCGAACCUCCAGUACGCCUCAAAGUUCACCUGAGAAUUCCGGCACCAGUGUAACAUACUCUGAAGUCCAGCAUGACACAGGCCUCUUUGCCAGAAGCUCGUGCUCCGGUUCAAGCUCCAACCCUGGCUCGGCUUCCAGCUCAAGCUCGGGCUGCUGCCUAGGUCCCCGUCCCUCCUCCUCGUUUCCCCCUACCAUUGUCACUUUAGCUCCAUCACCGCCCAACACCAAUGGGACGUGGCCUGGUGGCGGCAACAGCUUGCCCCUGCAGCGUGCACCCUCUCCGCUGCCAGCGCCAAGUGUCCACUAUGCUGAACUGGCCGAGCUGUUUGAGGAGCCCAGCUACGCCAACACAGAACUCAGUGCUGCUGCUGGGCAUGCUGCAAUUCCCAUCCCUCGCCAAACAGAGUCAUCCUCGUUGGACUCCCUGCUGUGUUCACCCCUCCCCGGAUCAGCCAAUGGAUCUGUGGGGACUAGUCAGAAAAUUGAGAAGAGGCUACGAAUGUUGAGACCGCUUGGCACGAGCGCCCUGGAAAACAAGGAAAACGACCGAGUGAGCUACGAGAAUCUUCAUAUGGACUACAUAUCGGAGCUCACAUCAGAAGGCUACGCACAGGACGCUGUAAUUCGUGCUCUGGGGAUCGCACGGAAUGACUUGCAAAUGGCCAGAGAUAUUUUGCACGAAUUUGCCGGCAAGAACAAGUGAGGAGUUGUGGGUCAGUUUUUUUCUCUAGCAACAAACCUCAAGGACAUAGGACAUACAGACCUCUGCAUGCAAGAUGGCACAUCUGAUCCAAGUGUGCAACGACUGAUGUGUCAUGACUUUAUGGACUGGUGAACAAUGAAGUGCUGAGUUUCAAAAUACUAACAGUGCUGUUGACUGAAGAGGAGUGAGCCAAAGGUGCGUUACCUGGUUGGAAGAGGAUGUGCGAGCACUGCUCGAAAGAAGUUCUUGGUUUUUUUUUCCCUGUUCUUUUACUAUCCCAAGAUAUGCUUCUAUUUUUUCAGAACUUGAAGCCAGCCAUCCCAUUGUGUGCAGGUAUUAGUGCACAGAACCAUUUGUGUUGUUUGUUGAAGGCCUUUAUGACUCUUUGGCAGCAUGAAUCUAGGAAGCUGUAAACAGGUUGCUUAGACACUUUUCCUAGCUUUCUUUCUAUUCUGUCCUUCUGGUGUGUUUGUUGGAAAAAGGCAAGGUGCAGUUAUGCAAGUUCAGUACUCCAUCUACAAGUCAUUUUCUCCUUUACGUAGUAUUAAUUCUCCUUCAACAUGGGCACCACUUUGUGCUUCUUAGAGUGAACAACUUUAUUUUUGAAAAGUUCAUGGUUCAAUGCUCUGAGCAUGACGUUUGCAUGCUAGUCACUUUUAAGACAAUGCAAAGUACAGAAGCAGAGCUUUACUUUUUUCUUUGCAUCUUUUUGUGAUCAAGUUUUAUAUAUAGCUUUGAAGGUCACAAGGCUCACCCUGAUUUUAUGUGUGUGCUUGUACAGCAUUUAUACAUAAGUGUUAUCAUAUCACAUUCAUAUUGAAUGUUUUUAAUUCAAGCGUUAGCAAUGUGUCACUACUAGACGCUUUACUAGAGGCAGGGUUGGCCAACUGUCUGUGGCUGGAACAGAUGCACCCUGCUCAUAGCGGGGGCUCCCUGCGUCGUACUUCAGGAUGUUUCUAUGAAUACUGUGAUUUGAGCCGCGGCUAUAACUUAUUCCAAGGAUGCACGUGAUGCAAUUACAUAAUGGGGUCACUGUGCUGCGGGGCCCUUUGUUUUUGCCUGACAUCAUUUUUUUUUUAUUCCUUGUCAUUCUGCUGUAGCAUUGAUUAUUUUACAUCAUUUUGCUUUACAUUGGAUAUGUACAUUUUCUGCGCGACAUAGCCACUCGAGUUCAAACUGCACAUUGUACUUGUCGGCACCGUAUGAAAUCUUGUAUAAUGGGAGAUUGAUCAACAGUUUCAACUUAUGCAUGCUUGCAAGACAAUUUCUUGUCUGUACGAUCAGUUUGGCUUUAAAAACUUUGGUAUUUGCAGCAUGGUUUGCACAAUGUUAUAAAUGCAAGCCAGCUUUGAACGACUGCAAUUCUGAUAAGUUGAUGCAGAUUGUGAUGUACAAUUGUCUAGUGUAAAAGCGCAUCCACUACCAAAAAUAUCUAGGUCGUAGCUAUGGUUAGGUAGAGAAGAUCUGGAUAACCACCAUGCAAGCUGGCACAAGUGAGGAAAGAUGCCCUGCACAUUGUGUCUAUUAGUAUGCACGGCUAUUUGAAUAAUGUGCUCUCUCUUUUAUUUGGAAAGGAAGAAAAUGUGUAGGAAUGCCUGUGUUUGUGCACGAGCUGGUAAUAAUAGAUGAAGUUUUAGUAAAUAGGAUUGCGUAGAUACUAAAGCCUUUAUGUCAAGCGUGAAAGGCCUUGCUGUAUCUGUUACAUGAGGUUGGGGUCUUUCAUGGAGCUUGUGUCUAAUAUAUAACCACUUAACAUGUUGUACAGAAAACACAUGACAGUUUGCUUGACUGACAACUGCAGUCAUCAAAGAAAAAAAAAAUGAGGUAUAAGUACAACUUCAUGCCCAUAAGAUCAUUCGUUGAUAUCAUGCACAUCACGUCAUUCUUAUAUGCUUCUCCGGUGUGUUGUUCAAGGUUUGUCCUUACCCUUAUUCAGCAUGAACUUUCAGCUCUCAGUCUCGUAACACAUUGUAUGUGUGCGUGUGUGCAUGUGUAAUAUUGUGCGUACAGCCUACGAAACCCUGGAAAGUAUGACAUUUGUGUUAUGUGUUACUCACACAGCAGGCUCUUAGAAACAAAAUGAGAAGAAGGCUGUCUAACUUGGGUACCAAAACUUCAACAAGGAUAUACAUUUCCUGAACUGUGUGGAGCCUUCUUCAAAGGGCAGCUUCUACAGCAUAGAUAAUACAUUAUGUGUCUAAACCGUGACUAUGGUCUCAAGAAAACUCAGUGAAAGGAAAACUUUGCUAUCAGGAAUUUUCCUAUAUGUAGGGUUCUGCAUUUUUCACUUUCGUAUUUUACAAAUUUAGUGUAUUUUUCUUCUAUUAUUGCCUGGAAAAGCAUUUUCUUGUUUUUUGUCUGUGCUGACAUGAUUUACUUUAUAAACUUUCACUUUUCCUUCUUUUUAUUCUGUUGCAUCUGAUCAUUCACAUGAAAAUUAAAUUUCUUUUUAUUGAUAUGUGAAACGAAAAAUGCCAUCAGAAUUUGUCUUAUGGCAUGUUGCUUUUUACCAGGGACAAUUUUACACCCCUGUGUUACUUUUAUCAGAAGUGGUAAUACUGCUUUUGUAUCUAACACAAUGGUUGUGGCAAAAAUACACUUAUCGUAGACCAUGUGUGACUGCCACUCAUAUUUAUAUUCUGCAAAUAAGUUGAAGAGGUGCGACUUUAAAUGGUAUCAAUGAGCAUUGUGCCAUCAGUGAUUAAUUAACUGUGGUGAGGGGCAUCCCCAUUUCUAGGAUUGAUCACACACAACACACCUAAGCCAUUAAGUUAGCAUUGACAAGUCUUCGUUGGCAUUGGUCACAAGCAACUUUGAAUUUUCUUUUCUUUUUCAUAAUCACAGCUUAUUUAUGAGAAUAAUCACUUCAUUAACCCUUUAAGUGCCAUGGACAAAUCUUACCCUGUUACAAUUGCGUUGGCAAAAAGUGCCAAGGAGACGUGUUUGGCCACUCUUUCUAAGUUCCGGUAAUGGACCGGUCUCAUGCAAUACAUUUUGAUGCUCUGGCAAAUUACCUCUUUGGCCACUAAGGCACCUAUGGACUCUGUUUGUCCAGCAGAGAUUUAUAGAAUGGCAGUUGCCAGUUCUUGCCUCCUCAAGUGUGCAUGUUCUUGAGAAGCAAGGCUAACUCAUCUGAUGGCAUGGAACUUUGUGGACUUUAUCCCAUCUACAGCAGGCAAAGAAUGUCCAACAAGGCAGUGCAUUGUCUGCUGCAAAGGUCGAAGCAGCUCUGGCAAUAAAGUCCGCAAAGUAACAUGCUUCUGGCGUAAGGAGUGUUGUGUGAGACUUUGCCUUGUACCCUGUUUGAGGUCCAUCAUACGAAAGCAAUGUUCUAAUCAUCUACAGCCACUCUUUGAGAACUUUGUCUUUUCACAUUUGCAAGUCUUUCUCAACAAAUAUUUGCUCCAAAAUGUACCUGUAGCAUCGAGCGGUUGCAACAGAACUGAGCCCCUGUCAAUUACACUGACAUUUCUAGUCAAUAUACAUGUUCUCGUUGUUUUGUAUUUUCAGAGAGAAGUUGUGAAUUGACUACCCUUAUGUUAUAUUUUGAAUCUGCAAGAAACUUGCUAUCCCAAUGAGAAAUUAAAAAAAAAAUGUCAUUUUCUAAAUGCCUUUCUGGAUUUUUUGUUGGCACUGAAAGGGUUAAAACGUUAAAAUAUGCAAUCUGGAGCAGCAGUUGAAAAUUUAUUGAAGUGCUUCCUUGAUUAACAAACGUAAAUUUUAUUCUGAAUGUACACCACUUUCACUUGCAAUGAGCUUUGCCACGCAUCUUUUUAAAAUUUCCUGUACCAUCAAUGCUACCCACUAUACUCUUAUACACAAACAAAUGUUAAUUAUCAAAAUCACUAUGGCACACUUUUUUUUUUUCAUCAUUACUCAUUCAUCAUAAUUGAAGAUGCUGAACCCUACAUCUAUGGUAACAUUGUUGAAGAGAGAAUUCGUCAAAUUAUUUAGCACCUCGAUUAGCUCUUCCAUUAAUUAUUCUAAAAUAGGAGUGGCUCUCUCAGCCUGCACUAUGUGCUAUGUAGGUAGUCAAACAAGGCUGGUUUAUGGGUUUCCCAUCACCUACUUGGGUUUGCAUGUGCUGAGGUGCCUAUGACCAUGGGACACAAAGUUCUCGCAGUGAAGCAGACUGUAUGAUGCACUUCAGUGGUUGAGAGGACGUGUUAUUGAAUGAAGUAUGGUGGAGUGUAAAUGUCUGUGGCAGGUGUUGUGGCAAAAGCAUGGAAAAUGAUUCAUAAUUUCUCUACUGCAAAGGCAAAACCAAAGUGUGUUUUAGGUUUGCUUCUUCUUGUUAAUGCUCCAAAACUGGUCUCCAGCAUGACCAAGCGUUAUGUCAAAAUUACUACAGUGCUGGAAAACUCAACAUGCACUCAUGAGAAUUGAAAUAAAAUUGUGUGCCAACUCUUU